AUGAACAGCAAUCGAGCCAUCAAUGAUGAUGUGGUGGACGCUCGUUUCAGAGAAAAUCUCGACGAGCUUGCAGAGCAUGGUCAUUUUAAAGACUUCGGGCAGAUCAACCUGCUGAUUUUGCUGAACGAUCCUCGUCACAUUUUCUAUGUCAUGGACGGGCAACACAGAUGUCGCGUCAUGGACCGCCUACAUCGACACACUGGACAAGAUAUCAAGUUUCAAUUUCGAGCGAAAGCUGUCAUUGACGAGAACGAGGCACACCGAGAGCUGCUCCAUUUCCAAAAUGCCUAUCCUUCCGAUCCCAGAGCAUUCUUCUCAACAAAGAGAGGACGUGAGGUGGGAACCUCUGUCUUGCAGCGCUUGAGGACGAAGUUUGCCAUCCCGGAGCUUUGGGUUUCUGUGACUAGCUUCCGUCCAGGGAAGCGGACAGGUGAUCCAAACAGGCCCAAGUUGAACGACUUUAUCAUUUUUUUGGCUUCUCCAGGAUUCAGACCUUUUGUCUCAGAGUUGCAUUUCCACCAUCUAUCAGAAAAUCUAUGCUUUGCAGGGAUGGAUGGGAGGGGGUUCCCCGAUUGA